AUGGCCUCGGGCACACUCUCCGCGGUGCGUAUGCCGCCGGCUCGUAUUCCAAGGGUGUGAAGAUGACUGCGAGGCGCAGGGAUGUAUUCGCCUGAUCACCGUCUCGUUGAAGAUGAGCUCGGCUGACGUGGCGCGGUCGAAUCAAUUGUCGAAAUCGAAGACACAAACAUUGGGUGGGAGAACCCAGUUAGGGUUAGGGGCUUGCGGCGCACUCAGGCUGGCCGCGGCUCAGCGCUGGGAUGUCCCACAGUGAUAACAUAUCCGGGGCUGGCAGUGCGGCACGUUGACGACUGCUGGAAGCACGACUGACCAUGGCAUAAAAGGUCCCGGUCGCGGCAGUCUCCGUGCGGCUCAUCAAACUCGCACACAGCUCUUCCCAAGCACUCAUAUACAUGCCUGGCCUCGCUGCAUCCUCGAGGACCCCUCUCUACCUUCGCCCACAUCCCACCACUCCUCCGCUCACGGUUGCGCCUCAUCUCAUACCAUACAUUCACGCCAUCGCGUACAGGGUGCGAGUGCCCACUGGUAGAUGUCCGAUCUCCAGCCUACCGUCGCAUCUUACUCCUUCCUCCGAGCAUGCCUCACACGUACAAGCCAUGCGAUCGAGUGCCGACGAUCAUGUCGGUCAGAGCAAUGCCGAUGAACAGAACGACGCGGGAUCGAGUGCUUUCGGCAAAAGCAAUAGCGAUGAGGAAUCCACUGCCCAUGAAUGGAUUGUCGAGAGGGUCACCGGAAAACGAACCUUCAGACGCUGGCGGGACAUCCGUGUUCAAGGCACCCUGCCGCUGGCCCUCUCCGCUCGCAUCCCUCUCGAGGUCUUCGAGUUCAUCGUCGACGAGAUGGAUCGUCCCACAUUGGUCGCCGCGGCGCUGGUCUGCGCAGCAUGGUACCCUCGAGCGAUGCACAACCUCUACCACCCCCUCGAGAUCCGCAGCCGCAGAAGCUUCAACAUGCUGUUCAAGCAGAUUCGCGCGUCACCACGCGUCGAAGGAUGGCUCGCGAGCACAUGCCAGCUGGUGGUAAAUGAGUGCCAGGACUUGAAGGAUGAUCAUUUUCCUAGCAUCGAUGUCUACGAUAAUGGCCUUCGCUUCCUUCAAGCACUACCACUCGCGCUCACUGGUCUGAUGCCUCGUCUACGCAUCCUUCGCAUCAGCCAUGCAAGACUUUGUUUCAUCCCCACGUAUUUCUUCCUCGCUCUGUCGAGGUUCGAGUCUGUCAAGUCGUUGACGCUUUUCGAGUGCCGACUGAACAGCAUCACGCAGCUGCGGCGGAUUGUGUCCGCGUUCCCCCGGCUUACAGACCUCACGAUGUCUGUUCAUUUCACUCAGCAUGCUGCCAGUUACGCGGGAGCCUCUCUAUUUUGGCUACCAUCUCACAUACGUCUUCGAUACCUUAACGUCCACGUGCAUGAUGAAUCCAUGGUGACGUUCCUUGACUGGAUGAUGCACUCAGGCCUCUGCACCUCACUCGCGGAGCUGACGUUUAUUUCCACCAACUUUUCCUCCACGGCACGGGCCCCCAUCAACAACCUCCUCGAAGCGGUAGGAGGAUCAUUGACCCGUUUCUGUGAAAUAUACCUCCGAGUCAAUUAUACAGUAGUUCCCACCAAUAUGUCGCGAAACACCGCCCUGCGAUCCUGGAAGUCUUGGCUGAAUCGCAUCGGACACGAAGCCGAACACCCGUGGCUGAAGCAUCGCACGGCGUGGGCCAGAGCGACGGACGAGUUACGCGACCUCUUCUCCACCAUCCGAAGCCAUCAGCUCGAGCACAUCGAGUUUACCGUCGAUGUACAAUUCCAAUACUUCGAUCAAGAGGGCCCAGUGUUGUUCUCGAGGAGCUCGACCUGCGGGACCUGCACGAGGUCAUGAGCCAACCGUACUUCGACACGUUGAAGCAUGUCGAAGUGAAAACUUGGUUGCACCUGGUCCCUCCGCGCAAUUUCCUCCAUUCGGAUGAGGAAAGCAUCGGUCGGAAAGUCGUGGCCAUGUUCCGUGACAUAUUGCAGCCAUGGUCUGCCCGUGGCAUAGUCAAUGUCACCUGGGCGCGCGG